AUGCGAGCGCUGGAGCUGUUGAACUACCUGGGGGCGCUGGACGAUGAGGGGAAUCUGACGAAGCUGGGGGAACUCAUGGGCAAGUUUCCAUUGGACCCGCAGCUGUCCAAGAUGGUCGUGGUGUCAUCAGAUUACAACUGCUCCAAUGAGAUCCUUUCGAUUGCGGCUAUGCUCUCAGUGCCCAACUGCUUCAUUCGUCCGCGGGAGGCACAGAAGCAGGCGGACGAGGCCAAGGCACGCUUCUCCCACGAGGAUGGCGACCACCUCACUCUGCUCAACGUGUUUCACGCCUACAAGCAGAACGGCGAGGACCCCAGCUGGUGCUACGACAACUUCGUCAACGCCAGAGCCCUGAAAGCAGCGGACAACGUGCGGAACCAGCUGGUGCGCAUCAUGAUGCGCUACGGCCUCAAGAUGUGCUCCACGGCGUUUGAGUCGUCCGCCUACUACCCCAACAUCCGCAAGGCGCUGCUCUCUGGCUUCUUCAUGCAGGUGAGGGGUGGAGACAAGUGCGUGCGUGUGUGUGUGGGCGUGCGUGUGUGUGUGGGCGUGCGUGUGUGUGUGGGCGUGCGUGUGUGUUUGGGCGUGCGUGUGUGUGUGGGCGUGCGUGUGUUUGUGGGCGUGCGUGUGUGUGUGGGCGUGCGUGUGUGUGUGGGCGUGCGUGUGUGUGUGGGCGUGCGUGUGUGUGUGGGCGUGCGUGUGUGUGUGGGCGUGCGUGUGUGUGUGGGCGUGCGUGUGUGUGUGGGCGUGCGUGUGUUUGUGGGCGUGCGUGUGUGUGUGUGUGUGUCGUCGUUAUGCUUGUGUGGAUGUGGUCUCCUUCACUCUCCUCCGCUUAUCUAUUUCCCAUAUCUCCUUUCCCUCUGCCGCACGUCUCUCAGACAUGUAUCAUGUAUGUCAUAUUUUUUAUUCGUCAUAACCCUCUCUGCUGUCCCCUUUGCUCCUUCGUUUUCCCUCUGCUUUCCCCGUAUGUGCAUCCCCUUCCUCUCCUCUCGCUUGCCAUAUGUGCACCCCUCUUCACUCGCCUCUCACCCCAUAGUGCACCCUCCCAUCUUCUCUCUCUGCCCCCCAGGUGGCACAUGUAGAAAGGAGAUGAGGAGAUGA